AGCAUUGCUUUAUUGUUUGAUUAAACACAUUACCAUACACUUAAUACACAAUGUGGCAACGCCAUACACACACCAGGUUAUAUAUUAGGUAUUAUAUUCAUUUGUACUUCAGUAAAUAAAACUGUGAGGUUUCUGUUUUGAAUGUUUGUUGCUCUAAAUUCAAGGCGGGCUGGGGAGAGGGGGAGACAGUGACACUAACUGGGGUUACAGUCAGUUUGGAACAAGCUAUAUUUAUCUCUUCACAUGCACAGGAAUAAAUACACACAACAAAACCUGUAAUCUGUAUUUAACUCACCCUGGGGGUCAGGGGAGUUUUUGUGCCUCCCCAACACACCUCAUUUUGGGAUUUGAACUAGCAAAUUUCAAUUGACAAACCUAAUCCUUUAAUCACUAGGCCACAGGCAACAGGACACAAUUUGAAAAAGCAGAGCCUCUAUUUUAUUUAUUUAUUUAUUUAUUUAGGAUAAAUAAUGCAGGUAAUGCAUUCAUUUUGUGAUUGCAUCAUUGAUACAUAAGCAUUGGAGGGUUAAAAGGUUCUGAGGUCAUGUAUAUGCUAUUAGAUACAUCCUAUAAUAACAACACUGCUCCUGCGCUCAGCACAUCGCACACACACACGGCUUAGAGGACUGAGAAGUUUGCAGUAAGGAUUAAGAGAAAGAGAAACAUAAAUAUUCAAACAAAGUGGAACAAACAGUUAAAGAAGAUAAAAUAAGAAUUGUUGGUCAUUUAUUAAUUUUUACACCAUAAUUAACAUAAACAUUAUUUAAUUCAAAUGUGUGUGUGUAUGUGUGUGUGUGUGUUAGUGUGUGUGUCGGGGAACUUUCUGCUGAUGACCGUGACUACCUCUCCCAUCCCGCACAAUAGUACGGGACAACAAAACAGGCAGCACAGUCAGCGCUAAUCAUGCAUGGCACAGCAGCCUGACCUCUGACCCUGUGCCACACCAAAAACAGUUCACAGCCAAUCGGGAGUCGGAAUUCUCUCCCAAUAGAUUUGGGUUGGAUGUAAAUGUAUAAAUACAUCUUGGCUCAUUAGGUCUGCGUCAGUCGUUCUCUCCCAAGGUUGGUGACUUUUUGUCGGCACUCCUAACAAUCCAAUCAUGUCUCAUUCCGGGGCUCAAGGUAGCAUUGGCAGCCACCCAUCCAUCGGAAUGCGCAAUUUCAAGAUAUACCUUUAUGAAUUUGAGAACUUCCAGGGUCAAAGAAUGGACCUGUUUGGAGAGUGCCAGAACCUUUGUGAGAAGGGCUUCGAGAGAAUUGGCUCCAUCAAGGUGGAGUGUGGCCCCUGGGUUGGUUAUGAGCAGCCAAACAUGAAUGGAGAGAUGUUCAUACUGGAGAAGGGAGAGUACCCCCGCUGGGACACAUGGACCAACAGCUACAGAAGUGAUCGCUUUAUGUCAGUCAGGCCAAUCAGAAUGGACGCCCAGGACCACAAGAUUUGCAUGUAUGAAAGUACAAACUUUGAGGGUAGGAAGAUGGAGGUGUGUGAUGAGGAUAUUCCAAGCCUGUGGUCUUAUGGUUUCCAGGACCAUGUCGCCAGUAUUCAGGUCACUGGUGGAACAUGGGUGGGUUACCAGUAUCCUGGCUACAGAGGCUUCCAAUACAUCUUUGAAAUAGGUUCUUACAAGCACUGGAAUGAAUGGGGUGCCCACCACCCCCAGAUCCAGUCCAUUCGCAGGGUGAGGGACAUGCAGACACAUCGCAGGGGCUGCUUUGAGAUGACUGCAUAG